AUGAGUUCACGGGUCGAAAUUCUUAAUGCGGGUGGUUACCGAUCCGAUGGACGGACGCAGUACGAGUUGAGGUCAUUAGAGAUUAUCCUUGGAGACUCCUCUCGGCCCAGGACAAUAAAUUUGCAUGACUCGGCCUCGAAUCCGCAUCCAAACGCUCCAGACGGCUCUGCUAUCGUCGGCCAUGGCCUGACCGUAGUGUCAGCUCGAGUCUUUGGCCCAAGAGAGCCGCUGUUGAGAAGGGAGGCAAUCCACGACCGUGCAAAACUCAGCGUUCAAGUCGCCAUGCUCCCUUUUUCUGGUGGCAUGGCAGGACGACGGCGAGGUCGAGGUGACAAGCGGCUCUUGGAACUCGGGGCUGCCAUCGAGUCUACGUUCGAAUCUGUCGUCCAGACUGGACUUUAUCCACGAUCACAGAUUGAUAUUGUCGUUGAAAUACAUCAACAAGAUGGAGGGACACUUCAGGCAGCAAUCAACUCGGUCACACUCGCCCUUACAGACGCCGGAGUCGCCAUGUAUGACCAGGUUGUUGCAGUAUCCGCUGGGCUACAUUCGACGGCAGUUCUUCUCGACCUCACUCACCACGAAGAAAACGACAUGCCUCAUCUCACCGUUGCGGUCAUGCCUCGCUCCGGCAAAGUCACCCUACUAAACAUGGAGGCCAGGCUUCAUGUCACUCGAUUCGAGGCCGUCUUCAAAAUUGCCUGUGAAGCGGUAACCGUAAUUCGAGACGAGAUGAACAGUGUCAUCUCCAAACGCACGACCUCUCUGGUCGCCUCCAUUUCCGACAGCGCCGGCCCGCGUAAUCUAAGAGCUGGGAAUGAAAUGGACGAAUAA